GGUUGUGAAAAAAAAUAUAUAUUAAAAAAGAAAAGAAAAUGCAAACCGCCAUAGCAAAUUUCAGAGGCGGGAAUCCAAUGAAAAGUUGAUUUUGAACAAAGGCAGAGUCCCAAAAUUAGAUUCAGAUUAUCUCAUACACUCAGAAUCACAGAGGCAUGGACCAUUUCGGAGAGAGAAUGGGGUUGCUGAAACUCUCCAAGUUCAAGCUCCAGCUCCGAUCUCUCAUCACCGAAGUCCGAGAACUCCGAGAAAGGGAACGCUCCGCCACCGAACAACUUCAUCUUCUUGUUCAGAAACAGAAGCAAACCGAUGAAGAUUACUGCCGGAAGUUGCAGGAAUUUCAAGCCGAAUUUGCUUCCUCCAAUGAGCUCCGGCAAAAACUCCAAAGGGAGGUUAGUUACCUUCAGGAUGACAAUUCCUUGCUGGAGAACAAGCAAAAAGAGCUGAAGGCGACGAUUCAUAGCCUACUUCAGUCUAAGGAAACUUUCGUCAAUGCUUAUGAGGAAUCCACCUGUGAGAUGAAACGUGCAAUUCAAUGCAGAGACAGAAAAAUUGCUGUCCUAUCAGAGAAGAUAAGUUCGCAUCUAUUGUUGUUUGAUUCGAUAGAAAAGGAGGCAAUUUCUGUAAAGAAAGUUGUGGAUCAUGUGCAACACCUUGUGAGUGAGAAAGAGGAAGUAGUGGCUGGAUUACAGAGCAAAAUGGAUACUGUUUCCACAUUUGAGAAAGUAUUUAUUGAGAAGAUCUGUGACCAGGAAAAAGAACUGAGAAGGUAUAGAGAUGAGACUCGGAGAAAGGAUAAAGUCAUUUCGGAACUAGACUCGCAGCUUGAGGCAGCAAAAAUUAAUAAUAGCAACAAGACUCAAAUGGAAGAGCUUCAGAAAAUUAUAUCAGCAAAGGAUGUGGUCAUACAGAACUUGAUUUCAGAAAAACAGGGAUUGCAUUUUGAAGUUGGUAGUUUGGGCACAAUAUUAAGGAAGAUUCAAGACACUAUUAGAAGUAUGAAUCAAGAGGACAAACGGCUAUUCUCCUCAAUAUUGGAACACCAACAAGGAUGCAAUAUGAUUUUGGUGAAGGAAGAUAAUAGGAUUGAAGAUGCAAUCCAGAAAAAUAUAGACAAAGCUCAUGAAAAGGAUUACAAGGCAGCCGCAGGAGGAAACACAGCUUCACCUCUAUCUCAAAAGGGCAAGUCAGUUAGCAACAACUUAGAAGAGAACAAUAACUUGAACUCCUGCGUGUCAGAGUUUCACUGUUCUUCUCCACAGACAGCUUCGUCAAACCCUCAAUUGCGAGCUACUGUCCUAAGUGUUCUAUCAAAUGAUAUAAAGGGUAACUGCAUAGUAUCAACGCAUAUAGAAUCAGAAUGCUCAUCUACUCAAGCUGAAAUCUCACACAAUCGAAAUGAGGUUCAUGUAUAGCUUCAUCCUAUCAUUUUAAUUAUUGAGUAAUCUUAAUUAUAGAAGCAUAAUAGGAGGAUGCAGAACACUCAAAGUCGGCGCCAGAAAAUCAGGAGCUAAUUGGAGCCUGCUGUAUAUUACUGUUGUGCUGAGUAAAUAGGUAACUCUUUUUCACUGCCUCAAAAGUUGAUGCCAAGUCCAUAUUGGGCUAUGUUUGACUUCAGCCCUCCUUAUUUGAAAUUUGGGCCGACUUAGUAGUGUUCAGUCUAUUUUGAAUCCCUCCAGGUUUCCUUGAACGCAUUGAUGCCUUGGUUUGAAUUUAGAGAGCAUUGCUGCAAAAAGUUGACCACUUGAGAACAAACUUCAUUUAGGUGAACUGAACUUUGUCAAUGUUUUAUAGAUUUAUGGCGUCCAUAUUCUAUCAGAAACGUUCUUUAAUCAAAAGUAUCUCUACCUAAAUGUCAUAACAGAUCCAAUCAUUAACCUCAUGCUCCACAUGCGACCAUUUUGUUAUUACGAAAAUAGAAAAGAAAUCUAAUACUAAUAGGCGUCAAUCUUAAGGAUCAAUUAGAAACAUGUUUAGGGAGCAAAGCGUAUCAUUCUAUUUCUUAUUGUGGUAAAGAAAGUUAAACCCCUAGCCAGAUCCAUGAUAAGUUGGCGUGCAACUUUACCGGCACGGCACGUGAGUCAACUCAACUGCUUCCCAGAUGACAUUUAAUGGUGUCCCUUGCUCGAGAAAUGGCCAUGACAAGAAAUUGAUCAACUCUCAAUUAGUUAAUUUUGCCCAUACGAUGCCCCUUUGUGUUCUUUGAUCCAUGAAUUCUAUAUUGUUAUCUCUUUUGGGAUAGAAACCAAGACAACCUUAAGCAGAUGGAACCCAGCAGCGCCGAUUAGAUUACUA